AUGGAGUGCGUUACUGGGAUUGGUACUUCCGUUCUUGGAAAGAUUGGAGAGUAUGUUGUUGCACCAGCAGGGCGUCAUCUGGGUUAUGUUUUCCAUUACAAAAGGAACAUUGGUCAUCUCCAGAAUGAAAUUGAGCGGUUAAAGGACCAAAAAGAAAGAGUGCAGCAUUCUGUUGAUGAGGCUAUAGGAAAGCUUGAGCAAAUUGAAGCUGAUGUUGAGAAAUGGCUACACAGAGCUUGUGAGGUCAUUGAAGGCGCCGAGGAAUUCAUUCCAAAUGAAGACCAAGCUAAUGUGAGAUGUCGUAAUAGGAUGAUUCCAGAUUUGCUCUUGCGAUAUCAGUUAAGUAGGAAAGCAAAAAUCAUGGCACGUGAAAUUUUUAUAAUGAAAGAUGAAGGCAAAUUUGAGAGGGUUUCUUUUCGUCCUCUUGGGGUAGAAAAUAUUAUUGAGAACAAACAUUAUGAGGCAUUUGAAACAAGGAAGGCAACUUUAGAUGGAAUUAUGGAGGCUCUAAAAAACUGUGAUGUUGACAUAACAGGGGUAUAUGGAAUGGCUGGCGUUGGAAAAACUAUGCUUGCUAAAGAAGUUGGUAGGAAAACCUUGGAGGAGGGGUUAUUCAAAAUGGUAGUUAUGGUUACCAUAACCCAAAAGCCAAAUCUUGAGAAAAUUCAAGAAGAAAUUGGAGAACAUUUAGGGCUACAAUUCAAAGAAAAAAGUAUUUCCAAGAGAGCAAAGAAGCUUCAAGAUCGAUUAAGGAAAGAGAAGGCUCUUCUUGUUAUCCUAGAUGACAUCUGGGAGAAAUUUGACUUGCAAGAUGCGGGGAUAUCUUUCCGUGAUGAUCAAAAGCAAUGCAAGAUAUUGUUGACAUCUAGAUUUCAAGAUGUGUUAAGUGAUGAUAUGAAUGCUAAGGAGAAUAUUCAGGUUGGGGUUUUGUCUAAUGAUGAAGCAGCAGGUUUAUUUACGAAAAUUGUGGGCGACUCUAUGAGAAAUCAUGAGUUCCGAACAUUAGCGACUCAGAUUGUCCGAGAAUGUGCAGGCUUACCAAUUGCUAUUUCUACUGUUGCAUAUGCAUUGGGAAACAAAAGCUUGUUCAUCUGGAAAGAUGCUUUAACACAGCUGCAAAGGUCUGCUCCAACAAAUAUUAAGAACAUGGAUAAAAGAGUCUACAGCAGUAUAAGGCUAAGCUUUGAUUUUUUAGAGAGCAAAGAAGCACAAUCGUUGUUUUUACUUUGUAGCCUACAUGAGGAAGAUGCUCAAAUAGAUCCAGACAAUUUGUUAAUCUAUGGUUUUGGCUUAGGUUUGUUUCAACACGUCUAUACAUUGGAGGAGGGAAGAUGUAGGUUGUACACUUUGCUCAACAAACUAAAAGCUUGUUGUUUGUUAUUGGGAGGUGAUGAUGAUUGGCACGUCAAAAUGCAUGAUGUCACUCGUGAUGUAGGAAUAAUGAUUGCAUCCGAAGAACGAUAUAUGUAUUACAUAAGAAGUGAAGCUGAGCUAGAAAAGUGUCUGAAUGAGGGAAAACUGACGGACUCAACUGCAAUUUCACUACCCCACAAUUACAGCAGUAAUCUUCCUGAAAAGUUGGAAUGUAAGAAGCUACUUUUACUACGAAUGGGGAUAGCUGCGACUUUGCAAAUUCCAUCAGAUCUUUUCGAAGAAAUGGAAAGCCUCAAGGUCUUAGACUUGUCUGGUUCGUAUUUAAAGCCAUUACCUCCUUCUUUUCAUUUCCUUCAAAAUCUCCAUACACUGUGUUUGAUUGGAGAGCUAGCGAAUCUACAAAUUCUUGACCUUUCAUAUUCUAAUAGCCUUGAGCAAUUGCCAAAAGAAAUUGGACAGCUAACUUGUCUGCGGAUAUUAGAUUUAAGCUUUUGUAGAAAACUUAAAGUGAUUCAUCCCAAUGUCAUAUCGAAGUUGACACGUUUAGAAGAGUUAAACAUGAAGAUGACUUUGGAACUUGAAUGGGCUGUUGAAGGAGAUAGUGAAAGGAGUAAUGCAUGUCUUGCCGAGUUAAAGAAUUUGGCUCAGCUGAAAACAUUACGUUUGGACAUACCAUAUGCUCAUAUUUUGCCCAAGGAUGUGUUCAGCGACAAAUUGGAAAUAUAUGAAAUAUCAAUAGGAUGCAACGGUUUACCUUACAUACUACUUGAUUUCAGAUAUGAAAAAGUCUAUUCCUUAAUGUUGAAACUCAAAUUCAAAGAACGGAGUCGCUUAUUAGAGGAUCAUUGUCUUCUGAGGUUGAUGAACAGGUCCGAAGUGUUAUUUUUAGAUGAACUGGAGGGUCUUGAGGACAAUGUUGUUCCUGACUUCAACACAAAUGGUUUUCCGCAGCUGAAACAUCUCAACUUCGAAAACAAUGGUACUAUUAAGUACAUUGUUGACAUGACGAGGCAUAUCCCUUCGCGUAGUGUGUUUCAAAGAUUGGAGUCACUGACACUUGAAUCUAUGAAAAAGUUGGAAAAAAUAUGCCAUGGAAAACUGACUACAGAGACAUUCCAUAAACUACAAGUUAUAAAAGUGAGUAGGUGUCAUAACUUAAAAGAUCUCUUCUCUUUAUCUACUGCAAUGUGUCUUUCACAACUUCAAACAAUUGAAGUGUCAUGUUGCAAGAUGAUAGAGGAGGUAGUUCUUGAUGAUCUCCAGGGUGCAAACAAUGAAAUUUUCUUUCCUCAAUUCUUCUCCCUGAGGCUUUUCCAAGCUCCAAAACUUUCAUACUUUUACUCCUCAUUGAAGGCGUCUACAAGCACUUUGCCUCUUAUCAACAAAAAGCUUUUGCCAAGUCCGAACCUCCGAAAUUUAAAAGAAGUCUGUGUACAGGACUGCGGAUCCUUAAAAUAUUUGUUCUCAUCAUCUGUUGAUGCAAAUUUUGAGCAACUCAAUAGACUUGAAAUAAGAGACUGUGAAACGAUGGAAGAGAUAAUAAGCGUGGAUCAAAGGAUGAGUAAAUUGCUAUUCCCUAAUCUAAGGUCUUUGUGCCUCUCACAACUUCCAAAAGUCACAAGAUUCUCUACUGGAACCUACAUCGAGCUUCCAUUGUUGAAUGAACUCGAAAUAUACAAAUGUCCUGAACUGGCAACAUUUCUUUACACUUCUACAAGUACAAAGAUGUCAACUGACACAGAAUUACGGGGGAAGUCAAAGCUUAAUCUUUGCACCGGUGCGAAACUUGCUUUAUUCGGUGAUAAGGUUUUAGCAAGUGCUUUAACAAGAUUGGUUAUGAACGAAUGUGGAUCUUUGAAAUAUCUAUUCUCAUCCUCGGCAGCUGCAAAUUUUGUGCAACUCAGUCAACUUGAGAUAAGCAAUUGUGCAAUGAUGGAAGAGAUAGUAAGCAUUGAUCAACAGAUAAAUAAACUGCUAUUUCCGAAGCUUCGCCAUCUGAGCCUCUCAAAUCUUUCAAAAAUCACUAGAUUUACUGGGAUCUUCAUUGAAUUUCCACUCUUGAUUGAACUUUCUAUAAAAGAUUGUCCUGAACUCAAGAGUUUCGUAUACUGUUCUACGAGUACAAACAUGUCAGAGGACAAAGAACUAAAAGAAAGGAAGUCAAAAGAUGAUCUUUGCAGCACUGCAUUGUCCUUAUUUAAUGAUAUGGUCGCUUUCCCUAGUCUGGAGUCGAUAAGAAUUAAAAGGCUUGAUUGCUUGAAGUCGAUAUGGCAUGGCCAGCCUAUAGCAGAUUCUUUUUGCAAACUAGAACUCGUCGAAGUUUGGUACUGUGACAGUCUAUUGAAAGUAUUUCCGUCUAAUUAUAUGCUCAGAAGAUUCCAUAAUCUAAGACGAUUCUAUAUUCGGCCAUGGAAAUCACUGGAUGAGGUUGAAUAUAACUCGAAUUUGGAAGAACUGAUUUUGGUUGGAAGUGGUAGCCAUAAUGUGACGCCGUUCCCACAUUGA